GUUACGUCGGCCAUAUUGUAUUAGGCCAGUUUUUGACGUGUUUGCUUUAAAUUAUAUUCUUAGAUUUGAUGGACGUGUAUAUUUUAUAGUGAGAGGAUUUUGUGAUGAAGGCUGCGAAAUUGUACCCCAAGCAGCGUACCGCUCGCCCGGAACACUCCCCGAAGUCCAACGUAGACCAGACCUUCAGCUCGCCCGAGCUGCCCGGUGACAGGAACAAGUUCAGGAGCAAGUCACGAGUCGAGCCUUUCGGGAAAACUACCAUCGACAUACAAUCUGCUUCGGAGUCACAGUUGCUCAACCGAGAAAAUGAACCAACCCCUAAUUCUCCUCGGUUAGAACAUAUUCCGGGCAAAGGUGAUCAAAGCGUCAGUCCUGUCGCUUCCGACAUCAUGGACCGCAUCAGUCCAGUACAGGAGACCAGCAGGAAGUGCACCAGAAUGUGCAUUCAAACAGAUCCUAGCGACACCGUGAGGGGGCCGUGCAAACCAGAGCGGGCCAAAUGCUGCAGCAGACAAACAGCGCCACGAAAAUCAGGAGCAUGUUCCCCCUUACUACAAGACGCGGACGAAGCUCUGUCGCGUCAGAUCAGGGACAUCCACAAUGAUGCCAGGAAGAGCGCUAGAAUCAUCAGGGACUCGAGGGCUAGACUCCUCGAAAUACAAAAGGGAUACGGAUCGGGUGUGGGAUCACGCGUACUCACAAUACACGAGGCUCAGGGGCUUUCGUACGCGGCAGUGGUUGUUGUGAAUGCAGAGGAGAAGAAACAGCGGAUACACGACAGUGUAUCGCACGCCGUGGUAGCUAUAUCCCGUCACACUAACAGCUGUGUUUACUACACGAAUAUCAGUGACGACGCGAUCAGCAAAUUAAUCAGACGAGCGAAAUCUGCAAUAACGGUGGCGGACGUAAAAGAGCUAGGUGAGAGGAAUGAGCUGCUGCUGCGAGAGAUGGAGCGGUUCGACCGGAUGACUAGGAAUAUUCAGAAGCUGGUGGACAAUGACGUCCAGCUGAGGAGGACCAAAAAUGAACCUCAGCGGUGCAUGGACUAUGUGCCCGGCAGUGUGUAUGAACCACCUAUGCAUCACGAAAUGAAGAUGAGUCACCCGACGGUCCUGCUGGCAGCACCGCGCAUCAUGGCUGGCCCAGAUUUGAGCCACUGCGAAGUACAGACGCGCAGCAAAUCCGAGAUUGACCUGACUCGCAAGCUAAGUGAGAGCUACGACAUGCAGGAGAAACUCGCGGCAGAUAAUGCUGAUUUAGAAGUCAAGAGGUAUAUAUUGUACAAGGAGCUUAUGACUAAAGACCAGAAUUUGGAGACCAGCAGAGCACAAGUGAAGAGGCUGCAAGGGGAACUGAAGCUUAUGAGCAGAGAGAACAGUUUGCUUCACGAGAAACUGGUUAAGAAUAACCCAGAGGGAGAUGCUUCUACGCUAAAUAAGGAUACCAAAUAUCAACAAGAUUCUAGUAAAGAAAACGGAAAGUCUGUCGAUACUACUCAUGCAGACGACCUGCUGAACAAAUUAGAAGACUACAAGAAUUCAUCAGAAGGAUUAGAAAAGCAGUUAGGUGGAUUGGAGCAGGAAGUGCAUCACAUAAAGAUGGAGAUGCAACAAAUGAAGACGACCGCGUGUCGCGGCGCCGGCGGGAACCCCAACAGUUGCUUUGACCAACCUCCGGGGCCACCAGUGCCUCCGAUGGCAAGAGCUUGUGGUGUGUGCCCACCGUGUCCGGCGCCGUGCAAUCCGAACGCACCACCGUGCGCCUUGCUUCGAGCGGAACUGCUAAAAAAGAAAGAAGAGUUAGAGAAGGAGAGAUGUCAACAUCGGGAGGUCCAGAACAAGAUGAGAGAGUUGGAAAUGAAAUUCGAAGGAUUAGCGACCCACACGAACAUGUUGUUGGGGACAAAGGAACAGGCCUUCGAACAGGAAGUGAACGUGCGCGCUCUGAAGCAAUGUUACAGAGAGGCCAGGGAGGAGAUCGACGAGCUCAGAACUCUGAUGAAGGAGCAGAACGAUCAGUUGCAGGACUACAGGGUCAAGUACAUGCAAGCCCAGCAACUCGUGGAGGAGCAGCGGCGUCAGAUGGACAUGAUGGACAUGGACAACACCAGGAUCAGUGAGCAGAUCAAUCUGGAGAUACAAAAAGUCAAGUUGAAGUUCCAAGAAAAAUUACAAGAGCUAGCGCCAAUACCGGACCUUCUGAAAGCGACACAGAUGCGUCUGAAGGAUGCGCAGCAGGCACAGGCCCUCGCCGAGCACAACGCAGAGCAACUUGCCAGGGAACUUAACUGCGCCAGGGAGAAGGUUCACAUACUGUUACACAACAGUAUAAAGCCCCCGCCAGAGAAGUCCCAGGAGAAGAGCUCUGAUGACAAACAGGUGGCCAUAAUGCAGCAGAGAUUGGCGCAGGUUACUGAGACCAACAUGACGCUUAAGGGCGAGAUCGAGAGGCUUAAAGCAAACGUGAUUCGCAUGGAGGAGUCAGUGCUAGCAAAUGAGAAGCGUCUGCAGGAGAAGAUGCACGAGUGUGCGCAGAUAGGAGGCGAGCUGGACCGCGCCCGCGACGAGGCGGCGCGCGCACUGCAGCGAGCCAACGAGCGCACCGAGACCAUCCGCAAAUGUAUGCAGACCACAAUAGCUGAAAUGGAACGACAGCUCGCUGCCAGCCGAGCUCAAGUAAAGACAGCUGAAAAAGAUCGCGAGGAAUUACAAUGCCGAAUGCAGUGCCAGAUCAGACGACUGAAUGACAACUUUGAGCAAGCGCAGCUUCGCAUACUGGGACUUCAAACACAAGUCCAAACCCUCAGGCGGACAGUGUCCAGCACCGGCGAGGGUGAUGGCGACGAGAAUCAGGAGUGCGCCUGUAACGAUGUGUUCGACCAGCGCGUGACCUUUAUGAAACACAUCGAUCCUUACUACCAAACGAAGGACCACACCCAAAAAGGAAGACUAAAAAAUGUUCAAGUGACAAAGGAAUAAACAGUGUUUAGCUUUUUGUUUUUGUGGAUUUGGAAGGGACCUUGGACUAUUCGUAUUUAUUGUAUUGUUAGUUUCUGGCAUUGCCAAUGGUCUUAGUAGUAUGUAGAAUCUUUUGCUGCAUCAUUUAUUGUGUAGGGUGAUAGUGAGAACAGGAUCCGUUCUGUCCCAAAAUUAAAACGUAAAAGAAAUAAACAUUGGACAAAUUAUUUAGAUUUUUAUUUUUUGAUAAUUAUGUUUAUAGCAUAAUUAUGAGUACGGUAAAGUGAACACAUAUAUUUAUGGCAACUACAUGUAAUUGAGGUAGCUAUAUAUUAUUACACGGCGAAUCUUUGGGUACCUCCUGUCUUCUUACCAAUCAGGUUAUACAUACCUUUCUCAGAAAUUUUACUUAACUUUAUUACUCUGAGAUGGAAUUUGCAAGAGGAGGAACAUUUAUGUCACAUGUUAUUUCGAGAGGUUCCUUUCAUCUGUCCCUAUUUAUUUGUGUGAAAUGAAGAACAUUGUUCAAGUUCACUUAGAGCUUGUCUCAUUAUCUCGAUAUAUUCAAUAUUACAAUAUCGUUGUAUGAACUAAAUUGAAGUGGAGGUGUUGUUAUUGUUGUGGUUGUCUCUCUCGGGGCCCCUGGCGUGGUGCACGUUGCCUGCGGUGGCGAAGCACGAGCGCAGCGCCUCCUGCGCGAGGUGCGUGUCCCGGUGCGGAGCCCGAGCUACCUCGUGGAACAGGUCGAUGGCCCCGCACAUAACUGUGAUUGCCUCCUCAGUACGCUCUUCAUCCAUUAACCUAGCACCUUCCUAG